CGCACGAUGUUGAACGGAAAUGCAGAGAAAUAGCUAGAGUUCAAACAAAAUAACAACGACGAGAUUUCUAGUUAUAAUAAUAUAUCAUACAAAUAUGUUCUAGUUAAUCAGCAAAGGUAGGAUAUCUGAAGUUUAACAUAGAGCCUAGAGCGCACACGUUUAAUCAAAACUGGCGUCUUUCUCACUCGGACAGAGAUUGAAAACGAAGAGAAUCUAGAUUUAGAUUCUAGCAAUAUUGGUAGGUCGAGAUUGCCAGGUGAGGUAUCUCAAGUUUUGAGUCUUGAGCAAUCACCUCCUAAUUCCUAGAUUUCUAGUCUUAGUCCUAGUUCUAUCUCAUAUAACAACAGACUCUGAGAAAUCGUUCAGUUUUAAUCAAACUUAAAGAGCUGCCGAUCUAUUUGAAACGACUCGAUGGUACGCCAAACACUGAGGGUAUGAAACCCCGUGGCAGUGAAGACAAGCAGAUCCAAAAUGGAAGCCGCCAAGCUUCCGUUCAACUCGAAGAAGAUCGUGAAGGACGCCAUCAAAAGAAGCUGCUGGUACUGCUUCCUCGUGGCCGCCUAUAUCUGGAUGGGGAGCAGCGUAUUCCACGUACUCGGGGCCAAGAACGGGAAGAAUGCUGUCUUCGUACUCUACAAUGAAAU